UCUGUAACCGAUCAUCAGUCACCACUCCCGGACCAGUUCUGUGGCCAGGAGCUGGCGUGUAGGCUGAGGGGGCGCCGCCGGCUGGCCAAGCCCCUGGCAGGUCCCUCGCUUUCAGAGGGUCAGCUGGAGUCCUGCUUUCAAAACUAAAGUCAAGCUGCCCACAGGUCUGAGGGAGACCCAGGCAAGAAGUUGUGGCCCGGAUCACAGUGGAGAUGUCAAGGACUGGUGCUUCAGACCCUUGCGUCGGCCAGACGUUGUGCCAGCCUGUUGUUGCCACCAAAAUGUCAGGAGAGAUGGACAAACCGCUGAUCAGCCGCCGCAUGGUGGACAGUGACAGCAGUCUUGCAGAGACUCCCAGUGAGGCUCCCAAAGUGGGCAUCCUGGGCAGUGGAGACUUUGCCCGCUCCCUGGCCACACGCCUGGUGGGCGCCGGCUUCAGCGUGGUGGUUGGAAGCCGCAACCCCAAACGCACAGUCGGGUUGUUCCCCUCAGCAGCACAGGUGACUUUCCAGGAGGAUGCAGUAGCCUCCCCCGAGGUCAUCUUUGUGGCCGUGUUCCGGGAGCACUACUCCUCGCUAUGUGGGCUCAGUGACCAGCUGGGCGGCAAGAUCCUGGUGGACGUGAGCAACCCCACGGAGCAGGAGCACCUUCAGCACCGUGAGUCCAAUGCGGAGUACCUGGCCUCCCUCUUCCCCACCUGCACGGUCGUCAAGGCCUUCAAUGUCGUCUCUGCCUGGACCCUGCAGGCUGGCCCGAGGGAUGGGAACAGGCAGGUGCCCAUCUGCAGUGACCAGCCAGAAGCCAAGCGCACUGUGUCAGAUCUGGCACAUGCCAUGGGCUUCACGCCCGUGGACAUGGGGUCCCUGGCCUCAGCCCGGGAGGUAGAGGCCAUGCCUCUGCGCCUCCUCCCUGGCUGGAAGGUGCCCACCAUCCUGGCCCUGGGACUCUUCAUCUUCUUCUACGUCUACAACUUUGUCCGGGAUGUGCUGCAGCCCUACGUGCAAGAGGGCAAGAAUAAGUUCUACAAGCUCCCCCUGUCUGUGGUCAACACCACGCUGCCGUGCGUGGCCUACGUGCUGCUGUCGCUGGUCUACCUGCCCGGCGUGCUGGCGGCCACCCUGCAGCUGUGGCGUGGCACCAAGUACCGGCGUUUCCCCGACUGGCUGGACCACUGGCUGCAGCACCGGAAGCAGAUAGGCCUGCUCAGCUUCUUCUGCGCCUCCCUGCAUGCAGUCUACAGCGUCUGCCUGCCCGUGCGCCACUCCUACCGCUAUGACCUGGUCAACCUCGCCAUCAAGCAGGUCUUGACUAACAAGAGUCACCUCUGGGUUGAGGAGAACGUCUGGCGGAUGGAGAUAUAUCUGUCCCUGGGAGUGCUGGCCCUUGGCACGCUAUCCCUGCUGGCUGUCACCUCGCUGCCAUCCAUUGCAAACUCGCUCAGCUGGAGGGAGUUCAGUUUCGUUCAGUCCUCUCUGGGUUUUGUGGCCCUGGUGCUGAGCACUCUGCACACGCUCACCUACGGCUGGACCCGCGCCUUCGAGGAGAGCCGCUACAAGUUCUACCUGCCUCCCACCUUCACACUCACGCUGCUGGUGCCCUGCGUCGUCAUCCUGGCCAAAAGUCUGUUCCUCCUGCCCUGCUUAAGCCGCAGACUCGCCAAGAUCCGGAGAGGCUGGGAGAAGGACAGUGCUGUCAAGUUCACACUGCCAAUGGACCACACCCGGGCCCAGAAGACGAGCCACGUGUAAGGAGCCUGCCGCAUCUGGCUCGGGAAACCAGAUGCAGGGCCCUGAGCCUGUCAGGGAUUCUUUUCUUGAUCGUGCAGUACAGUGUAAUGUGCACAAAUUGGUGGUUUAAAGUCCAAAUUCCUGGGACGCAAAUGUAUUCAAUAAUAUUCAGAACGAUACAUGUGUGUGAUAUAUAUGUUCAUACAUAUUUCAUAUAUAUAACAGGAUUUGCAAUUAUACUUAUUUAGCUAAAAUGUUGAGUCCCUGAGAUUUCAACAUGUAGAUUUAAAAGCAAGUGCCAGAUGUUAGGAGAACAGCAACUCACAUUAGUGUGGCAUUUGCAGAAAUAUGGCAGUGAGGGGCGUGUAUCUUGGUGGAGUCGACCCACUUGUGCCUCCCACUCCCCUUAUGCUACCUUCCCAAGGCUUUUGCAGACUGGGGUUCUAAGGUGGCACGGCAGACAGGAGCUCUGCCUGGAGCCCAACCUUGCCAGGCUGCACCAGGCUGAAGAGUCACCAGGGAGCAGGAGUGCGGCUCCUCCCUUGCUCUUCCAACCUUCAGUGGGAGCGAGGAGGUGAGGGGAGCCUGGUGUCUGUGCCCUGAGGGUUCUUUGCCAGGUUGGGGGGGGCAGGGCGGGCCGGGAGGGUGUUUGGGGCUGAAGUUGCUCCCCCGAAUCCUCCCUAAGCUGGGGAGAUUUUUUCCUUAGUCAGAAGUCAGCACUGCCGCUGCAAAUUGAUCCUCCUGUGGGAGUGUGAAGUCACCUCCUCCCAGAGCCACUAAUGAACCCUGUCUUGAGAACGAGUGUAAUUUCUUUCCCUCCUUUAAGUUGGUGAUGACCGUUCUUUCGACCGCUGUGCCUUCGCACAUUUUAGAUCAUUAGUUUCAAUGUCUCCAGGAAGGCCUAGAGCAGACCCUCCAACAGUCCAGGGGGAGGGGAACACAGGGCAGAGCUCGCAGAAUCACAGCCAAGCCCUUCUGGGGGCCCGGCCCAGGACCGAUCGUCUGCAUGGAACUGGGCCUGUGGAAAAACACUGGGGAUCUCUUCAGAUGUCCCCUGCUGCUGCUGGGCAGAGAACCCGUCUUCUGAGCACCCAGAAAACCACACUGGCUCCAAGUUCCUCUUAUUGGAGGGUCAAAUUUCAAAAUAGCUAGGAGGGUCUUUUCCCAUCAAAGCUACACACUUGAAAUGCUGCUGCCCCAAAACAUAAGAGACUGGACCACCGCCAGGGCCACAGGGCGUGUGCCCUUGAAUCAUCUGCCAUCCCUCACUGAUUCAUGCUGAAACUGUUUUCACUUCCCCUGUGGACACACAGUUAGUUGUUCGCCUCCAAGCGCUCCACCCGCCCACCAGCUUCUGGCAGAAGCAGGGUAAUAUGUCAUCUCCACACAAAAAAAGCACCUUUGAACACAAAGGGGGUGAGGUCCUGAUGGAAGACAUCAGUGAGACGCACACUGAACUCUACUCUGAACGGGAGAUAUGGGUCCCACUCAGAUUUCGUAGGUCUCCUGGGUCAGAGGUCCUCUUAGGAUGGAACAGAGAGUCUAGCCGGCAAAGGCUGAGCAGAUAGUGCUACAGCGAGAGGCUGCCCCUGCCUCCCCGGGAGGCUUCAUGAACUCAUGUCUGUGGAGCACAUUAGGGUCCUUUAGUGAACAGGGAGGGAAAAUAAAAAAGCCAAGGGUAAGACUGUCUCAUUAGGCCAGUGACUGAUGGAGGGAAGGCAGUGCAGGCAAAGCGAUCGCUUCCUGCAGGUGUUUUCCGUCUGCCGUUCCGAGGCUGGGCGACAGAAGCCUGUCUCCUCUAUUGGCUCCGAUGGAGCAGCAGCCAUGGAGCUCAGAGAGGCUUGCUGCAAAGGAGGCAGGCAAAGCAGAGCUUUUGGCACUUGCUUGGCAAAAGAAGGGCCCAGCAGUUUCCUGCUAAUAGGCAGCAGGGAGAACAUGGGCAGCUGGAAACCACCCAGGAUCGCCAGCCCUAGUCAGUACUGGCUGCCUUCCCUUCUCCCAGCCUCCCCGGGCCUGGGGAUAGUCCUUUACACCAAAGAUGCUGACACAGGGCAAAGUCCAGUGUGCUCUCUCCCCCUCCCUGUCUACCUCCUGCUGCAGGUGCUCCUCAGAAGGGAAAGGAUGCCAAGGUGGGUGGCAGGAAGGAACAGGUACAACCGGGGACCUGCCAACUGGAUAACCAACUCCUGAAAGGCAGGGUGGGCUGUGGGCUUGGCCUUCAUCUUGUGUCUGCUGCUGUUCUUCCUACCUCACCAGGCAGCUGGCAACAGCAUCUCCAAGAGAGCGGGUCACUCCCUUAGAGCCUGGGAAAUUCUGUGUGCCUCUGGGUACGAAAGUGCCUGAACCAGCGUACUCUGGGAAUCCUAAAUGCCACAAUCAGAGGUGGACAUUUAAAAUGUAUGCCAUUGAAAAAGUUUGUGUGUUUUGACAUUAUAGAGCUUGUCUAAGCAGCGAAAAUAAACACCUAACCGUCUGUGAA